AUGGCUGAAGUAGAGCAUCAGUGGAUUCAUGAAAACAACCUUUACAAUGAAUUCCUUUUCGACAUUUGGUUGCCAAACAUUGGAAUGCGAUCGGGUAAUCUCGUCUACUUUGUGUUCUUCAAGUACCGUCUGGAGUACCACAGCAUAGUCGAAGUAUGAC